AUGGAUCGGCAGCGCAGCACUCAGCACCUUCUUGGUGGAGUUGGUCAUAUUGGACUUCGAAGCGCAACGCAGAUGCUUCUCACAGUACCACAUCGUCCAAUCCUGCUGCUUCUCAUAAUGACACUAAGGCAGUGGACGUUGACUCCAACAUCUUCUUUGACAACUACAUCUGAAGAGGGUAUCCAGGACCAAAAAUUGUCUGGUUGGAGUAGAAUAAGAGCCUUGUAUGAACGUCCUAGCAUGGAGCAUGACUGCUCUGUACGAAUUGCUCGGAUGGCGUUCUUAACGGGAUUUUUUGUUGGUGGAGCGUCUACAUACGUACAAGCGCGAGAAACAUAUGAAAGAAGCAAUGUUGGAAGGAAAUACCUAAGUCCUAGUGAUGCAUUUGUAAGUUUGCAGAGAAAUGUUGCGAAAGUUUUGCCAUACAUGCUUAUUUGUACCUUACUCAGAAGAUCCAUAAGAACAUAAUA